AAAAAUAUUUUAAAAACCUGUGUUAUGCAGAUUUUAUUGUAUCGAUUAAUUGAAAUAUGAAUCCUUGGAUAGAAUUUGAAAUCCUUAAUUGCAUAGAGUAUUAGAAUUAUUAAGUUAAACAACUUAUCUAUAACAUGUUAACUUAACAUGAUAUGUAUUCACAGUUCCUUUUCAAAAUGAAGCAUUAUGUCUUAAGAGCUGGGGUCUGGAUAGAUGCUCAGUGGUUUAGGGCAUGUAUUUUGUGGUAGAGCACUUGAUUUGGUUUCCAGCUUACAGCCAUCUGUAAUUCCUCUUCUGGCCUCUGUAGGCACCUGCACUUAUGUGCAUAUACACCCACACAGACACACAAACAUGCACAGUAAAAAAGAAAACAACUGUUAAAAAAUACUCUCAGAACUAGUUGCCUUGAAAAUAAUUUUAUAUACCUCAAGAGAUGAUGUGAAAAAUCAGGAAGAAAAAUGGCAGUGUUAAUUCUUAGGAAUGUAAAAUUCUACAUUGUCCUUACUUUGAUUGGCACAGGUAAAAAUGGCUCUCUGAGAUGAGUGUCUCUAAUGGAACAUAGCUUCCAGUUACUAAAACUCAGUAUCCUGUCAAGUUUCAACUCCCCAGAGUAUGUAUUUCUAUUGAAAAUAGUCUAGUGUACUUCUCUUGUCUUCCUUGAAUUUCAGUUUGGAAUUGCAGUUCUACCUAUACUUUGAGAAUGGGCAGGAAAAUUCUUCAUUAUGAUAGUCGUGAUGAUAAUUACAUAGUGCUGAAAUUUAACCCAGGGCCUUGCAUAUGGGUAACAUGCUUUCCAUUGACCUCUGCCUCCAAGGCAGUCUUGAUAUUAUUGUUAUUUUGAAUUUUAUUACAUUAAAAUUUUCAUUUUGUGUCCUUGUAUGAGUUGUAUACCUUGGCAAGCAUGGGAAGGCCAGAGGACAACUUGUAGGAGUCACUUCUCUCCAUCUAGAGUGUGGAUCCUAGGAAUUAACUCGGGUCGUCAGACUUGGCAGCAGGAAUAGCUAUUCAGUCAGACAGAACCACUUACACGUUUUGCAGUAUCUUCCGAGGAAGUCAGAAUCUGAGCCAGCAUGAAGAUUGAAUCUUGUCUUUGGUCUGAUUUACCUUUAUUGUAACCAUGUGCAAGGUGGAGGUUAUAGCAUGGAAACUAAAAUCUUACUUCCUGCCUGACAUAACUCACUUCAAGAAGUACACAAUGUCAGAACAUGGGAUUAAGUGGGCCUGUGAAUAUUGUACGUAUGAAAACUGGCCGUCUGCAAUCAAGUGUACUAUGUGUCGUGCCCAGAGACCCAGUGGAACAAUUAUUACAGAAGAUCCAUUUAAAAGUGGUUCAAGUGAUGUUGGUAGAGACUGGGAUCCUUCCAGUACUGAAGGGGGAAGUAGUCCUUUGAUAUGCCCAGACUCUAGUGCAAGACCAAGGGUUAAGUCUUCAUACAGCAUGGAAAAUGCAAAUAAAUGGUCAUGCCACAUGUGUACAUAUUUGAACUGGCCAAGAGCAAUCAGAUGUACCCAGUGCUUAUCCCAGCGUAGGACCAGGAGUCCCACAGAAUCUCCUCAAUCCUCAGGAUCUGGUUCAAGACCAGUUGCUUUUUCUGUUGAUCCUUGUGAAGAAUACAAUGAUAGAAAUAAAUUGAAUACAAGGACCCAGCAUUGGACUUGUUCUGUUUGCACAUAUGAAAACUGGGCUAAGGCUAAAAAAUGUGUUGUUUGUGACCACCCCAGACCUAAUAACAUUGAAGCAAUAGAGUUGGCAGAGACUGAAGAGGCUUCUUCAAUAAUAAAUGAGCAAGACAGAGCUCGAUGGAGGGGAGGCUGCAGUAGUGGUAAUAGCCAAAGAAGAUCACCUCCAACUACAAAACGGGACUCGGAAGUGAAGAUGGAUUUUCAGAGGAUCGAAUUGGCUGGUGCUGUUGGUACCAAGGAGGAACUUGAAGUGGACUUUAAAAAACUAAAGCAGAUUAAAAAUAGGAUGAAAAAGACUGAUUGGCUAUUCCUCAAUGCCUGUGUGGGUGUUGUGGAAGGUGACUUAGCAGCCAUAGAAGCAUACAAGUCAUCAGGAGGAGACAUUGCACGCCAGCUUACUGCAGAUGAAGUACGCUUGCUGAACCGUCCUUCUGCUUUUGAUGUUGGCUACACUCUGGUACAUCUGGCUAUACGCUUUCAGAGGCAGGACAUGUUAGCGAUAUUGCUCACAGAGGUAUCUCAACAAGCAGCAAAGUGUAUUCCAGCAAUGGUGUGUCCUGAACUGACAGAACAAAUCCGGAGAGAAAUAGCUGCUUCUCUUCACCAGAGAAAGGGGGAUUUUGCUUGCUAUUUUCUGACUGACCUUGUAACAUUUACAUUACCAGCAGAUAUUGAAGAUUUGCCUCCAACAGUUCAAGAAAAAUUAUUUGAUGAGGUGCUUGAUAGAGAUGUUCAAAAAGAGCUAGAGGAAGAAUCUCCAAUUAUAAACUGGUCUUUGGAGUUGGCUACACGUUUGGACAGUAGACUAUAUGCACUUUGGAACCGGACUGCCGGAGAUUGUUUACUUGACUCAGUACUACAAGCUACAUGGGGCAUUUAUGACAAAGACUCGGUGCUUCGGAAAGCCCUGCAUGACAGCCUGCAUGACUGUUCACAUUGGUUUUACACUCGCUGGAAAGACUGGGAAUCGUGGUAUUCCCAGAGCUUUGGUUUACAUUUUUCACUGAGGGAAGAACAAUGGCAAGAAGACUGGGCAUUCAUACUCUCUCUAGCUAGUCAGCCUGGAGCAAGUUUGGAACAGACACACAUUUUUGUACUUGCACAUAUUCUUAGACGACCAAUUAUAGUUUAUGGAGUAAAAUAUUAUAAGAGUUUCCGGGGAGAAACUUUAGGAUAUACUCGGUUUCAAGGAGUUUAUCUGCCUUUGUUGUGGGAACAGAGUUUUUGUUGGAAAAGUCCAAUUGCUCUGGGCUAUACAAGGGGCCACUUCUCUGCUUUGGUUGCCAUGGAGAACGAUGGCUAUGGCAACCGAGGUGCUGGUGCUAAUCUGAACACUGAUGAUGAUGUCACCAUCACAUUUUUGCCUCUGGUUGACAGUGAAAGGAAGCUCCUCCAUGUGCACUUCCUGUCUGCUCAGGAGCUAGGUAAUGAGGAGCAGCAAGAGAAACUGCUCAGAGAGUGGCUGGACUGCUGUGUGACAGAAGGGGGAGUUCUAGUGGCCAUGCAGAAAAGCUCUCGGCGGAGAAACCACCCCUUGGUCACACAAAUGGUAGAAAAAUGGCUUGACCGCUACAGACAGAUCCGGCCUUGUACAUCCCUGUCUGAUGGAGAGGAAGACGAGGAUGAUGAGGAUGAAUGAGAACAAACACCUAAGGAGAACAAAAGACCAAGGCAUCAGGUCUGAGGUGGCCUCAAAGUUAGUGUGGUAUCCUAAACAGAAUAUGCAGCAUGGAGCGAGCCAUACCCUGCCGGACCUGCUCCCAGUUACCUUUCUGUCCCACACUCACUGGAGAGAACCGAGUGCGUCUGCAUGAGGAGAUGGAGAACUUCGGUUGAACGACAGUUUGUAAAAAAGAAAAAAAAAAAAAGAAAAAAGAAAAAAAAUAACCUAAUUUUAUUGACAGAACUUUUUUUUCUUUCAAAUUGUAAAUCUGUCUAUGAAUGUAACGCAUGUGGUUGUUUGAGAAGUUGUGUACUAGGAAAAGUGCACCAGCAUCUUCAUGUUACUGAGACCAUUUUCCCAGCAUGGGCACUCAUAAACAGCACAUAGCAGACAGACCAGUGAGAUGCUCUCUCCUUAGCACCUGACAUCCUGCUCCCACCACACAAGACCCAUUUCCCAUUGUUUUAGAGAUUUGGAAACUUUGUACAAAUUAUUCACGGCAAGAUAAAAAUAAACAAGCCUUUAUUUUAUUAAUAAUUUAGUUCCUGUUGUGCCCAAUGAAAGUAAAAAAAAAAAAAAAAAAAAAAAUCAAACCCUUAGGAACAAACUACAAGAAAAACUACCAAGCUUUUGGAGUGAACUUAACAUAAACAGUGUCUCUUGUUUUUGAAGAGGGUUUUAGUUUCUGUUGUUUUCAAUUUUUCCGAUUUGCCCCUUUCAUUAUUUAGGUAUUUGUUUGGAAGAGUGCCCUGUAAAGGGGGUUCUUACUCGACUCUGGGCAGGUGCAUUUGUGCACUUCUUCCCUGGAUGGAUGGAUGGAAAGGGAGCAGGCCCACUCAUCUCUGGGUGGGUUCUGUGACAGUCACUUCGACUCAACCUGUUCUGUUCCCAGGCGGCCAUGCAGACAGUCUUCAGAUACUUCCUGUCUNUGUCACCUCUGCUCUAAGCAGAUCCUGUAUUAAGGGCAUGCCUUUGGUUAGGCUGAUUGGGAAUACAGUUCAGUACAGAAUAAAGAUUUUUAAAAUGCA